CAGCGAAAUAGGAGCGGGCGAGGAAGACGAGAUCGAGAGACGGAGCUUCACUCGUCCCACCCAGUUGUCCUGCUCGUCGAAAACCCCUACCUUUGCUCCUCAGGCGAUCGAUCCCGUCGUCGGGCCCUGCCCCCAGGUUUGCCUCCACUCCUUUCUCCUACCCCGUUCCUAUUGCGACGCAUUGAUAUGCUCUUGUUUCUUUUGCUAUGGAGCUCGUCUCGAUUUCCGUUUAAUUGCUCAGGGUUGUAUUUGUUCUGCGUGGAUUCUCGGUUCUAUUUGGAUUACGCCUUUUCUUCUAUGUUUCUCGUGAGGUUCAUCGUGGCGGAUCCUCUUGGGAAAUCUCAAUUAGGGUUUGGAUUGUGGGGGCGUGGGGCUUUAAUUUGAUUAAUUAUGUUAUUUGGAUUGUUGAUUGCUCGAAUUUGGAUGGUGAAUCACGGGAAGUGCCAUUGUGUAACAUUUAUUUAUGUUUUGUAGAUAAGAGUUUUUGGUCCUUCCGCAGCUACUCAAGUGCUCGGCCUAUUGUCAGAGCUGGAAUGGAGGGCAUAAAUGUUCCAGAGCAUGCUUCUGAUGAUUCUUGGUGUGAUGAUGGGCUUCUGAAUGAAAUCUCAGAUGCUGACUUAAACAGAGAACAGAAGAGGCGUUAUGAUCAAUUUUAUACAAAGGGUUAUCGAGAUGGUAUAUCUGCAGGAAAGGAAGCUUCUGCCCAAGAGGGCUUCAACAUUGGGUUUAAGCAAUCUGCAAGCAGUGGUUACAAAUGGGGAAUUGUUAGAGGCAUCACAAGUGCAUUUGUAAACCUCCCAGAUCAAUUCAAAGAAAAGUUAGUUAAGAAGCUUGAAGACAGAUGCACGUUUCAAAGUCUUUACAAGCCCGUUCAAGAGAUUUCCACGGACGAUGCUCUGAGAAUGUAUCACUUUCAACUACAACAAGAAAAUAAACAAUCUCAUCAAAGAUCAAAAGCGACAGUAUCAUCGGCAAUCGAAGAUUUUGACUGCAAUAAGUUAGACUUCUUUUUCAAGGAGCUUAUGUUACUUGUAAGUGAGUCUUCUGAAAUCAAAGCAAGUGUUGAUGUUGUAAAAGGAGAGGAAGAAGAAUGACCUUGAUGUUGAAGUACUUGGAGGGAUCGUUCAAAUUCACUUACGUCUGAAUUUUCUGGACAGAUUGUAAUUUUUUGAUGGCCUCAGAUUGCAAUGAAAAGAACUGAACCAUUGCUCCAUU